AUGCGGUUUAUCUAUGCGACUUCUCUGCUUCUGUCUGUUACUUCUGCGGCUUUGAUCAGACUUACUUUCACUCUAAACGUCGAAGACAACAAGUCUUCUCUGACCGUAUAUCACGGCAUUGGGGGGAGCUUGAUCGGAGAGAGAUGUGGUAGAAAGUAUCCGGCCAAUGAAGCCAUCGACUUCUCUAUGAUCAACUCUAGUGGCGAAGGCAACUUUACAGUUGGAAAUAAUACCUACAGGGUUCACCAGAAUCCUGUGUUUGCGGGAGGACCUAUAUGCAGUACAGAGAUGAGCCCCCCGUAUAUUUCCAUUCACUGCGGAAAGUUAUGGUGGAAUAUUACCAAUAGUACGUUACCGACCGUGGAGGGCCCUUGUUUUGCCAAUACUACGCAAGAGGAGAGCGAGCUCGAUGGUGAUCUGGAUCCGGAUUGGAACACGUUUUUGAAAACGGCUUUUUUCACGAAAACUCUCGGUUAUUUGCUUUUUAGGCGCAAGGGCGUACCAAACAUCGACGGCAGUGGAUGGCCUCACUUGAGGCACCUCUACCGGCAGGUCUCGGAGAAUGUACAUUGUCCCAACGACGAGGGAUGUUCUGUUGGCAGUAGUAAUGGAAAAACCUUAGCCUUCGGAUGGACUGCGACAGCCAACAUUGAUUUUAUCGCAUUGGGCUUCACUGUUACGGAAUCCUACAAUAUCGGGUCUUCGUAUACUUGCAAUGGCGGCCCAAAUGACACAGUCUGCGUCUGGUACAAGGUUGCGAACACUGCAUAUGUUGGUCGAGUUCCGGAUGUCUUUAUUCCCACGAAUGACUGUGACAAGCACAGCAAGCAAGUUCUCAUAGCCGCCCCAAACCUAGGCAAUGAUGGUGGUGGGUAUGUCUGUAAACUCAACGAAGAAUGCAAGACUAUGAAUACUGAAUACUGGGAUUGCCAUGGUAAAAAGCGACCAGCACUCACCUACUGUCCACCUCCGGGGUACCCACCAAAGCUCGACCCAAACAAGGGGCUCCUAACGCAGUGUGUGCAGGGGCGGGCCAGUAAGGCAAAAGAGAUAAGGCAAAGAAAGGAGCUCAAGGCAAAAUUGGGAAAAGAGAAAUGGAAGCAGCAUGAAAAAGCGAGAAAGAAGCGGGAAAAAGAGCUAAGAAAGCAGGAAAAGGCAAGGUGGAAGGAACAAAAAAAGGCGAUAAAAGAAGAAGCAAAGACGAAGGGGAGCUCGCUAACAAAAAUAAUAGAACGCUUGCUCAAAGAAGUCGGGCGAUACAUGAUUUGGCCGUGGUGUCUUAUUUGGGGUUGUCCGCCUUAG